UGCUCGACACCAGAAACGGGUGGUUUCCUGUGUGACGUCCUACUUCUUCUUUCCCGUCCAGAAACGUCUCGCUUCGCCUUCAGGCAGAAGCGCAAAACACGACGAGGUGACAGCGGCUCGCGAAGGACGCCGACUCGAGGGGCAGCGCCACAAGAAGGGACAAACUGCAAGUACGGCACGGGAGCCUUGACGUGGAAUUGAAACCUCGGUGGAGAUGUUUACCGGCUUCUCUCACAAAGGGGAAGUUUGAGAUAACAGGAAAUAGUUGGCCAACAACUCCAAACUUGUCCCCGACAUCUGAUCGCGGUCUUUGUCCGUCUUCCCCAGAUUGGAUAUGAAGCUGCUCCGUCUGGUAUUUUGUUACGGUCUUCUGCUUCUGCGGGCUUAUCGGAGCGGGGCCACCAAUCAGGAGGUGUGCCAGGAGGAACAAUCCAUUGAUGAUCUCCAAGUGCUGAGUUCCUCAGGGCCAGGGUAUGAGAAGCUGGAUAUUCCGGACAACGAGAACUUCAGCUGCCGCCUUUACGUGACUAACGUACUCAACUGCUCCUGGUCCUUCCUCGCCCUGCAGCCGGGGACUCGGCUCCAUGUUUACAUCAGCGUUUGCGAUUACCCCAACACAGUCCUCCCCCGUCAGCUGGUGUCCGACGAGCCUCUCGGAGGGACGUCGGCGGUUCUGAAGGAGCACGAGACGCUACAGGUGGUCUUGCAUUUCAACGUGUCCCUGCUACAAACCUGGGCGGUCUACGGCUACGCGUACGACAUUGAAAUGAUAGAGGUCUUGCCCCCGCCCGGGAACAUCUCAGCUUCGGUCAACGAUGACGGCCUGGUGGUGAGCUGGGGGUUGCCCCACAGUCGGGUGACGAGCCAACCCUCCUGUUUCGAGUACCAACUGGAUUUGGGCGACGAGGAGAUGCCAAAAAACCUGAGAGGCCGGCUGUCCUACACUCUCCCGAAUGUGGAUCCUUCUGCCACCUACGCGGCGAGAGUCAGGGCCAAGACAGUCUCGGAUUGUCCCGGAUCGCCGCAAUGGAGCCGCUGGAGUAACACAGUCACGAUCGAGCAGUCAUUGGAAAAGUUCAACGUUAUGGUGAUUGUGCUCAUCGCACUCGGGAUACCCAUGAUCCUCCUGGCUUUGCUGAUGGUUUUUUCGUCAUCAGAGGUACUCUCUCUCUUAGAGCUUCUCAAUUAUUCUUUGUUAUGCCUCGUCUUAUUUAUACAGCAGGGAUUCUCAAACUGUAGCACCAGUGGUACUCAGGAGUCACCUAAUAAAAGUACAGAAAGUCAGACGAAAGCGAACUUUAGUGUGUGUGUUUUUGUCACACACACACACGUCUGCUUUAGCCCUAUCUCGUUACUGGCACCUCUUCUCACCAUCCAAACUAGGACCUAUGUUAUAAGUGUGUAACAAAAUAAACAGUGU